AUGUCAGUACCAAAAGCGGUAACCCCGGGCUUACCAUGCGGCGUUGCUCUGGGAUUCCCUGCAGCGCUUACCUUGUCCUUCGCUCCCACGAUGUGUCCCCUGCAGCGUCCCCGGCCAUCUCCUCCGGCCGAUGCCAGCAUCUGGCUUCCGUGUUCCAGUCCCUGUGACGUCGGGACGUACAGGGUGCCGGAACCGGCGGCAAAUUUGAAAUUUUUAAAAAAUAUAAUUUUUUUUAAAAAUGAUUUUGUCCCGAGUGCUGUGUCCUGUGCCCUGCCUGCAUUUUUACUGUUCUUUCUG